CUUUCCCCAGACAGUGACCAUGCUGAUCUUGAUCCUGCUGCCUGCGGCCUUUCUGCUGCCCUCCGGCGCUGUGGCUGGUGAGAUCAUCGGGGGUCAGGAAGCCCAGCCCCACUUCAGACCCUACAUGGCCUAUCUGAAAAUACAACGCGAAGAGAAGAAGCGUGUCUGUGGAGGGUUCCUGGUAUCGAAGAACUUUGUGCUGACAGCCGCUCAUUGCAAGGGAGACAACAUUACUGUCAUCCUGGGAGCCCAUGACAUUACCAAACAGGAACAGAGCCGGCAAGUGAUCCGUGUGAGACGUGCAUACCCCCACCAGGAUUAUGACAACAAACCCCAUAAUAAUGAUAUCAUGCUGCUGAAGGGUGACUCUGGGGGUCCCCUGGUGUGCCAGCAAACAGCCCAGGGCAUCUUCUCUUGGGGAUCUGAGGAGGGGACCCCACCCGCUGUGUACACAAGAGUCUCCACUUUCAUCCUCUGGAUACAGAAAACUAUGAGGAUGCUGCAGCCUUGAGCCCUGCUGGAAAUUACCUGCCGGAGGUUCACCAUUUCUGUCCUUUGGCUUGGCCCAGAUAUAGGGUCUGCUUUGCAGGGGGGGUUAGCCCCUCCCAGCCAUUGCUUUCUGCUCAGGCAGUGCCCAACCCAUGAGCUUCAAGGCAGGAAGCCUAGAGUAGUUAGGGUCAGGUUCAAGGCCAGCUUCCGUUGGCUCGCUUGGAAAUCCUGACCCAGACCCCUAGGCUGUCUCUUCACUAGGAAAACAACUGGUUUUAUUUCCCCCAGGGUAAUGGACACAAGCCAAACCCAGGGAGGACCCAGUGGUUUGUGCCUCUCCCCUGUGUCAGCUGGUCGGGUGACCAUUUAUGGGAGAUCCUUGUUGUUACCUGACCUGUUAAGUCAUGUUAAAACUGAAGCCUGCCCUGUCCAACCUGGUCCUUUCCCACAUGUUAGUUCCCCUAGGAUGGCCACCUUCCAUUCCAAAUACAACUUGUUCCCAGGGCCAGCAAGGCCAGAGGGAGUUUGUUCAUGGGAAGGGAAAUUAGCAAAUGAUAUGCUGAUUUCAUAUGAAAUGACAGUUCUGUGUGCCUCCUUCUAACCUCCCCUUCCCUGCCUUGCCACGGGGCCUGGUGCAUUUCCCUCUCUGCUUCAUAGCCAGCAGUGAAUAAAAAUGAAGUUACAAA